AUGUCUCAGACCGCUAAGUCCGCCUCCAGUCAGGGCACUGAUGCUAAGGACAAGGGAGCCCCUGCCCCCGCUGCCACCAGCAAGGCCACCAAGACCGGAGACCCUGGCAUGGGAAACUUCAAAAUCAUGCUGUUCGACCAGGAGAACUUCCAGGGCAGAAUGAUGGAGAUCCAGAAUGAGUGCAUGAACGUGUGUGACCGCGGCAUGGAGAGAGUGCGCAGUAUCAUUGUUGAGUGCGGCCCCUUUGUUGCCUUUGAGCAGACUAACUUCCGUGGGGAGAUGUUCAUCUUGGAGAAGGGAGAGUACCCUCGCUGGGAUACCUGGAGCAACUCUUACCGUAGCGACUGCCUCAUGUCCCUCAGACCCAUCCGCAUGGACAGCAUGGAGCACAAGAUCUGUCUGUUUGAGCUCUCUGACUUCAAGGGCAAUAAGAUGGAGAUCCAGGAGGAUGACGUGCCCACCCUCUGGGCGCACGGCUUCACUGACAGGGUGGGCAGCGUGAGGGUGCCUGGCGGAGUGUGGGUGGGUUACCAGUACCCCGGAUACAGAGGCUACCAGUACCUGUUUGAGUGUGGUGACUACAGACACUACAACGAGUUCUGUGCCUUCCAGCCCCAGAUCCAGUCCAUGCGUCGCGUCAGGGACAUGCAGUUCCAUCAGCGUGGUUGCUUCAACCUCACUUCCGCCACCAAGUGA